AUGGCAUACACCAGGCAAGAAGAAUUCUCCAUCCCAGUACUUCCUUUCCUCCCCUUUUCUCCCAUCUAUCACAACCCUAACAAUCCCGGACAGCUAAUCGACUUCAACUCCUUCACAACCGGCCGUGUCGUCAAACCGCGGCCAUGCAGCCCAGGGCCUCGAAAAGCUCUCUUCCGACGCCGCCGAUAUCAAAGAGACAUUGCAUAUCGGCGCGAAGGGGACCGCAAGUACCCGAAUAUCUGGCCGGGUCAUGCCGAGGCUCUGGGCUUCAAGAGACAAUUCCAGUCUUCUAUGACGCCUGCGCCGCAGCCUUCAUUGAAGUCAUGCGCGCUAAUGCCCGUGGGUCUUGAUAUUCACGAGGCGUAUUUUGAUGGGCACAUGAGCAAGGCGACCAUAAGCUCUGGUUACUCCAUUACCCGGAGACAAGGAAAGGCAUGUUCACGCUGA